GCGCUAUGUACAAUGGGCCGCUGGAGUGCUGGGGCGCUUGUGGUGGAAAGGGGUGGUGCGCGAACAAGUGCAAGAUCACGGCCGGCCCCAAUAAGGCGGAUUACAAAGGCGCGUGUUGUUCGUGGUUGAAAAACUCGGCCGCUUGGCACGGCAGUGACCCGCUGGAGUGCCGCAUUUUGUCCGCUUUGCAGGGACGCGACGAAAAAAGCUUUAUCUCCAAUGCGUACUGGAAUUCCCCUUACGACUACCACGCCUGCGUGGCGGUGCCAAAAUGGGUCGAGACCUAUGAGUCCUGUCUGGGGUCGGGCAAGUGCACGGGGGCCGGCUUGUGCGACCACUGUCCCGACGAUGGAGGCUUGACUGGGGCGUGCUGCAAGAAGGGGAACGACUACGACUCGGAUCACUACUGCAGCCACGUAAAGACGGGCGGUUCUACGCAAGUUCAGUACCCGGUUGCAGAUGGAAAGCUCAAAAAUGACGACUACGCAAAAGAGUUUCGCGCUUUCGAAUGCGUUCUGGUGUCGACCACGACCACCACGACCACGACGCUUUGUCAGUGCAGCAACGGAGACGUGAAAUCCACCCCGUGCGGCAAGCACCUGGCGCAGCACUGCAAGACCUGUGACGACGAGGGGACGAAGUUCAAACUCGAAACGAACUACCCAAGUGAUGGUGAAUCCUCCUGCCUACCCAUCUGUGGCUCCGUCGCGAACCAAGACUGCAGCACAGCACCGCUUGGCGGGAACGCCGCGUUUGCUUCUAUCAGCCUGAUUCCCUCCCCGGCCCUUCAGCUUUGCAGCAAUGUGCCCAAUGAGUUCGCCAACGGCUACCCAAAGGUCGCUUGUCAGAAGAGCUGCUGCCGGCAGGGCUGUCUGCGGCAGGCGCCGGCCGAGGCGAGCGAGCGACUAGGCUUCACGGCUGCUUCCGGCUCCUUCACAUCGUGGAACGAAAUUUUUGCGGAGCAGCUGCAGACGGA